UCACAUAUUUAUAUUCCCAGGACAAGAAAGUUCGUCAAACAUAACGGCAAGACCAAAGAAUAAUUCAAAAUAUGCGACAAAAACGUGCACUAGUGGAAUUUCUUUUCCCAAUGAAUUUAGAAGCAAGACUUCGAUUAAGUACGACAAUGACGAAACCUUGGACAUUAAGGAUGAAAUCAUACAAGAUCGAGAAGCGGGAGAAGCUACAUGCCCAAGUUUUAAUACAAAAUAUGCGGUAAAAGAAUGCAUCGUAAAUAUAAACGUAAAUAUGUUAGCUGGUAACAUGAAACAACUGGGUCAAAAGAAGCAGUACAUUCAAAAUUUAGAACUGGAAGUUCAAUACAAAUGCAAAAAGUGUGCUCGGAGCUAUAAAGAGAAAAAGUAUUUGACUUAUCAUCAAAAAUACGAAUGCGAUGUCACGCCACAGUUUGCAUGUAAUUUCUGUGGCAAACUAUUUAAACGGAAAUAUCACGUGAAUGCUCACGAGGGUGUUGUUCAUCUUAAAUCAAACUCAAAGACAUCUAAAGCGAAAUCUAACGCGAAAAUCACGCAGCUAUCACACCACAAUUUAUUUGCGAUUAUUGUGGCCACAAAACGAGCAGAAAAUUUAAAUUGGGAACCCACAUUAAUUGUCGCCAUCGAGAAUAAUUUAUCAUACGAAACUUCUAUAUCUAAAGCAUUAUUUCGAAUACUAGUUAAUAUGUCAUAUCGCCAGGAAAAAAAAUUAAUACGACUUAUGUAAUCCAAAUCUUAUUGUAGCAAAGAAACUCGGAGUUACAGUUUUCCAAAAUGCUUUAAGAAAAUAGACAUGUUUAGAACAUGCAGCAGUCAAGCUAUGGUUUGUUUGCGAAAUUUGUGGUUAAAAUAACAAAUGGAAAAGUUGUACAGAUAUAUGGAUUCAUAUCAUCUUAUGCAAUAAAGUACGUUUCAACUCAAAUUUAGUUGCUAAAACUAUUUGUAAUAGAUCUUUUUUGUGUCAAAUUAAAUUGGUGUAGACCUAAGAUUAUUUGUUGUGAAAAUUUUCCUCAAAGGAUUCAACGGUUUCAAAUAUUUUUAUUUUUGAACUAUUCGGAAAUAAGAAAGAACCUCAUAUUCCCCUUUAAAAAUUAGCAUAAAUAUUUUUGUUGUCUUUAUACUUCAACUAAUUUCCUUUUAGAGAAAAAUGAUAUAGGUAUAAAAAAUUUAGAUUUCCAUUUUUUUUGUCAUUCAUGUGUACUAGUAACUUUUUCUAUUCACGCGAACAUGUGUAAUGUGAUUCCAAUUUUGCAGACAGUUAUCAAUGAUGUCUUACGAAUCGAGCACUUGUCAUUAGCUUAAGGUUUUAAAUCUUAUUCUAUCUUAUCUAAUUUUAUUUUAUAUAAUCUUAAUCUUAUUUCAAUCAUUUGUAAUCUUCCUAAUAAUUUAAAUAUUGUAGAAUUUAGAUGGCAGAAGUAGAAAUAAAAGUAUAUUUUACAACCACGAAAUAUUUCAAUAAUAUGAAAAUUCUCCGAAAAACGCUGCCUAUAAACGCGAAGAUUCUAAUGAUAAAAUAUUGAAUUGUCCAGAAUGUUCUGUCCUAUUUUUUAUGGAUAUAACUUUUACCAGAACAAUGCUGUAAAUAUGUUUCGAGAAUGAUCUGAAAGCUAAUAAUAUUUAGCG